CUACUCUUUGGCUGUACUACAGCGCUGUAAACAUUCUGCUCAAUUUUAGCGGGAAGAAUACUCUGAGAAGUAUAAUUGCGUUCGUUAUCAUAUUACAAGAGAUUGAUUUAUUUAGACAAAGAAGAGAUCUAAAUUAAAUUUAAACCCAGUUUUAAAAAUAAAUUUAUAAAAAAUGCCGUCCAAGGUAUUGAGAGAUUAUACAAAAGCCAGAGAACAAUUGAAAACGUUCUUAACGGAGUUUAUGGUAAUGGAUGACAGUUCUGGUGAAAAGGUAUUUAAAUAUAGAAAGCAACUCACUAAUAUUGCUCAUCGUGAACAAGUUGAUAUCACAAUAGAAUUAGAUGAUGUUCAUGAAUUUGAUGACGAAUUAGCAAUAUCUAUUGCAAGUAAUACACGAAGAUAUGUCAAUUUACUUUUAGAGCUUAUUCAAGAGAUGCUACCUGAAUUUAAAGAGAGACCUGUACCCCCGAAAGAUGCUUUAGAUGUAUAUAUUGAGCAUAGAUUAUUAAUGGAAAGCCGUAAUAUUCACCUUGGUGAGCAACAUGAUCCCAGAAAUAAAUAUGCUCCAGAACUUAUGAGACGUUUUGAAGUAUAUUUCAAAAAUUUUGAUGCAGCAAAAGACUAUUCAGUGAGAGAUAUAAAAGCAGAUAAAAUAGGAAAAUUAGUUACAGUACGGGGCAUAGUAACAAGAUGUAGUGAUGUAAUGCCACUACUCAUUGUUGCUACAUACACCUGUGACCAAUGUGGUGCAGAAACAUUUCAACCAGUACACUCUCUUAAAUACAUGCCAUUAAAAACAUGUCCUAGUGAUGACUGCCGUAUAAAUAAAUCUGGUGGAGUAUUAGAGAUGCAAACAAGAGGAUCAAAAUUUAUAAAAUUUCAAGAAUUAAAAAUACAAGAACAUAGUGAUCAAGUUCCUGUAGGCCACAUUCCAAGAACACUGUCAGUAUAUUGUAGAGGUGAAGUAACAAGAAAGUGCUUACCUGGAGACCACAUACUUGUUACAGGCAUUUUUUUACCUAUCAUCAAAUCUGGCUUCUCUACUCGAGCGGGCGCAGCUCUUUUGAACGAAACGUAUAUAGAUGCACAUAGGAUUACGUGCCUUACUAAUUCUGACACAGUUGAUGAUAGUAGCGCUUUAUUGACUACCGAAGAAUUAUCCAUAUUAAUGGAAGAUGAUUUUUAUAGCAAAUUAGCUCAAUCUAUUGCUCCAGAAAUAUAUGGACUUGAAGACGUUAAAAAAGCUUUGUUAUUACUUCUAGUUGGUGGAACAGAUAAACAAAAAGAUGAUAUUAAGAUCAGAGGUAACAUCAACAUUUGCUUGAUGGGUGAUCCAGGAGUUGCCAAAUCGCAGUUACUUUCAUUCAUAACAAGAUUGGCUCCUCGUUCUCAGUAUACAACUGGUAGAGGAUCUUCUGGUGUAGGGUUAACUGCUUCAAUUAUGAAAGAUCCUUUAACUGGGCAGAUGAUGCUCGAAGGAGGAGCUUUAGUACUCGCUGAUCAAGGUGUGUGCUGCAUCGACGAAUUCGAUAAAAUGGCAGAUGCAGAUCGAACAGCUAUUCACGAAGUGAUGGAACAGCAGACUAUAUCAAUUGCCAAAGCAGGCAUUACAACUCGGUUAAAUGCAAGAGUUUCAAUCUUAGCUGCUGCAAAUCCUGCGUACGGUAGAUAUAAUCCAAAAAGGACGAUCGAACAAAAUAUUCAAUUACCUGCUGCUUUAUUAUCGCGAUUUGACUUAUUAUGGUUAAUUCAAGAUCGAGCGGAUCGUAAUAAUGAUUUGAAAUUGGCUCAACAUAUAACUUAUGUUCAUCAGCAUUGUAUACAACCCCCCACAGAAUCGAAUGUGUUGGAUAUGAAUUUAAUUAGGAAAUAUAUUACUCUGUGCAAAACAAAACAGCCAGUUAUUCCAGAAGACUUAACAACGUAUUUAGUUGAAUCCUAUGUAGAAAUGAGGAGAGCAGCUCGUAAUAGUGAGGACAAAACCUUCACCUCUGCGCGUAAUUUAUUGGCAUUACUGCGUUUAUCAACUGCAUUAGCUCGUCUAAGAUUAGCAGACGUAGUUGAAAAAGACGACAUCAUCGAGGCGAAUAGAUUGAUAGAAAUGUCUAAACAUUCUAUUAAUUAUUCUGAAACGUUACAAUCCAACGUACAGCAAAAUCCAAUGAAUCGUAUCUUCUAUCUUAUCAGAGAUCUAGCAGGCGAUAAGAAAACUAUUAAAGUGUCGGAGAUAUUGGAACGAUGUACCAGUAAAGGAUUUAAACCCGAUCAAGUUAAUGAUUGCAUCGAAGAAUACGAGGCAUUGAACGUGUGGCAAGUGAAUCAAACAAGAACACAAAUAACAUUUAUUUAAUCAUUGUAUGUGUAUUUACCGUGACAAUGUAUAAAACAGUACUUUUUAUACCUUGAAUUUCAAAACUAUUUUUAUACAUUUUUAUCUACUGUUAGAAAUAAACUUUAUAUUUGAUUGCUACAAAGUUGUUUCAUGCACUUCUACAAACUUUUUUAAUCAACUGCAUUGUCUGUUAAUAAUUUUAUUUCAUGUCGUAGUUAAUUAAUUAAAAUAAAAUUAUACAAAAGGACAGUGGUCAGUGGCGGCACGCAACGUCUUCAAAGAACAUUAAAGAGUGUCGUUCUGGUAGGUAAGUAGGCAAGGAAGAUAGGUAAACAAGUAGAUUCGAAGUUAGGCGGGAGAGGAUGUAGAGUCGCGAACGAAUCGGAGCGCGUGUAGCGGUGGUGGGGGAAAGUGCCGGUCGGUCGAAUUGGAGAAUACGCGGUGCCACUCUGAGCACUUCUUCAGUCGCAUCGAGCUACUCGUGGAAGGCGCGUCGCGUUGUGCAUGCAUGCAUGCUUGCGUGCGGUUAAACGUGCGUGCAUGUGUGUGCUUAUUAUUGUGGUGUACCCAAAGUGGUCGAGUGUGCAUGUGUGCGGGCCAUAACACGGUGUCGCGCGGUCUCGAUAGUGCAUGUCGUGAUUACUAUAGUCAUCGUCUCGCCUCUCCGUCCAUCGUGAUCACACCAAAUGCACGAGUCGCGCUUCUCGAGAUCUCACAGUAACAACACCCUUGCUCGUCAUUGCUGUGUCGUUUGACAGCGCGGCCGAUUCGAAGAACGAGAAGGAAAGGGGAAGUCGCGUCUCGUCCCGCGGUUGAUGACUCUUCGAACGAUCGUGCCGAAUACGCGACGAAGGAGGAGGAAGAGAAAUUGAAUCGUCUCGUGUCGUCUAGCCCGUGCUCCGUUUUAUUUUCUCGUCCCAUUUUCUCCUCACUUUCGAGACGAUUUACCGAACUUACCGGCCCUUUAAGCUCGUUUCUUCACGGUUUCUUUCUUUGUUAUCGGUUCAAUUUACCGACCGAACAUUUUACCAACAU